AUGUUUGGUCCCUCGAUCGCUUUAGCCAUCGGAGCAAAAUUUGUCCCUUUGAGGAAGCCCAGAAAGCUGCCCGGUAAAGUGAUAUGCGAAGAAUACGAGCUGGAGUAUGGAACAGACUGCCUCGAGAUGCAGGUAGAUGCUGUGCAGCAAGGGGAUCGUGCAUUGAUAGUUGAUGAUCUGGUCGCUACAGGUGGAACACUGUCAGCAGCGAUACGACUCUUGGAAUGUAUGGGGGCUCAAGUUGUAGAAUGUGGAUGUGUGGUUGGGUUGCCUGAAGUCAAGGGGCAGUGUAGGCUGAACGGAAAACCAGUUUACAUCCUCGUGGAGCCUUGA